AUGGCAACCAGCAAUGUAAAGCUUCUGGGAAGAAACGGAUGUCCUUUUGUGAAUCGGGUUCAAAUGGCUCUAAGCUUGAAGUCCAUCGACCAUGAAUUCAUUGAAGAGGAUCCGUUCAAGAAAAGUGAGCUUCUCCUCAAAUCAAACCCUGUUAGUAAGAAAGUCCCAGUUCUCUUCCAUGCGGAAAAGCCUAUCUGUGAGUCUCUCCUCAUCGUGCAAUAUAUCGAUGAAGCCUGGCCUAAUAGUCCCUCCAUUCUUCCUUCUGAUCCUUAUGAAUGUGCCAUUGCCCGGUUUUGGGCAGCCUAUAUUGAUGAAAAAUGGUUUCCUUUAACAGCAGAGUAUAGGAAGGCAGAGGGAGAAGAAGCAAAGGCAGCGGCGAGAGACAAAGUGGUCGAAGGGACAUUGCUGCUAGAGGAAGCUUUUAUCAGUUGUAGCAAAGCCAAAUCUUUCUUUGGUGGAGAUAGCAUUGGUUACCUAGACAUUGUUCUUGGCAGUUUAUUGGGAUGGCUUAAAGCUGAAGAGAAUUUAACUUCCACAAAAAUAUUUGAUGAAAACAAGAUUCCUCAAUUAGUGGCAUGGACUGAAAGAUUUUGUGCAAACAAAGCAGUAAAGGAUUUCAUACCAGAAUCUGAGAAACUUGCAGAAGGUUUCAAGAAGUUUGAGAAACUAAAAGCUGCCUUAAACUCAAACUAA